AUGGGAGGCAGCCAUAUCAAAAUCAUGUUUCAUUCUCGCGUUGUCAUUGCAUUUACUCUCUCCAAUUAUCUUCUAGAACUUUUGGUUACAGCAGCUAGCAAUGGUGGGUUUACCGUUGAGUUAAUCCGACGAGGCUCUCCUAAAUCUCCCUUCUACAACGUUAAUCAAACUUCUAAAGAGCGCUUGGAUGCUUUUUCUUCGCAUCGAAUGAGGAAAGUCUAUCCAAAUACCCUCCAAUCAGAAGUAAGUGAGUACCAAGUUGAUCAUCUCCUGAAGCUCUCCAUGGGAACACCACCAGUAGACAUUUAUGGCGUUGUAGAUACAGGUAAGGUUUCUUUGGGAAAUGUGAAUCUCGAUUCAGGAGCUUCGCCGAUGUAUAUGCCACAAGAUUUUUACGAUCGGUUGAUAGCACAAGUGAAGCAACAGAUUCCGUUGGAUCCCAUUGUGGGUGACAUAAAUGUAGGGACGCAGCUUUGCUAUAGAAGUGAUCAAAAUAAUUUCCACGGACCAAUAUUGACUGUCCAUUUUGAAGGUGCAGACGUGAUUCUAACGUCGAUACAAGCCUUCCCACAGUAUAGAGGUGGGAUUUUCUGCUUUUCAUUGUUAACUUCUGAAACCGAUUCAGGAGUAUAUGGAAGCUUUGUUCAAUCAAAUUUUUUGAUCGGGUAUGAUAUGGAAAAAAGGACAGUCUCUUUCAAGCCGACUGAUUGCACCAAAUACUAA